AUGUCACGUACGGGGACUUCUCGUUACUUCGACCCAAAUGUGUUGUUCACAUUUCGGGAUAUAGAAAAACCUGUUCAGAUUCACCUCAAAAAUGUCUACAGUCUUCUCUCGGUGGGGCUUAUUGCGGCAUCAAUCGGGUCGUUUGUUUUUACAACUUCUUCAUUGAUCCAGCAUUGGGCUUUUAGUGUCUUGAUCCUCUCCGCAAUAGCCUCCAUCGUUUCUUGUUGUUACAUUAUGUUCACGCAACAUACCGAAUCUCAACUUUGGAGCAGAAUGACCGCCUUUUUGGUGUUCACUCUUUCGACGGGCAUCGGACUUGGACCACUAGUGAAUUUCGCCCUUCAAGUUAACCCAUCCUCUUUGUCCGCUGCACUUUUGGGAACGGCGAUUAUUUUCGUCGCCUUUACCUUCGCGUCAUUACUCACUCGUAAACGUCUUUUCGUCUACCUUGGGGGCGUUCUUGGCACGGCUAUUGGCGUCAUCUCCACCUUCGGACUAAUGAACCUCUUCUUGCGGUCGCCAGCGCUUUUCCAAGUGGAACUUUACCUCUCGUUCCUCAUUUUCUGCGGUUUUGUCGUCUACGAUACUCAACUCAUUGUCUUCAAGCGUCAGUUGGGUGAUGUGGACUUUAUAAGACACGCACUGGAUCUUUUCGUCGACGUCAUUGAACUGUUCCGUCAUCUUUUGAUUAUUCUCAACUCAAGAAGGGAACGCAAUGAACGCCGGGAGUAG